GGGGCCUUGGAGAGUCCAUCCGCACUCGGGGCUCCCUUCGCUCGCCGCUCCCAGCGCCGCCGGCGUCGAGGGCCUGCUCCCGCGCGCACGUGCUUUGCGGUUAGCCUGUGUGCUCUUUGGUUACGCAGCCAGUCAGGCUCAAGCCAACAUGCCAGCACCUAGAGCAGGCAUCUAGGCCUCCUCGGGGUCAUGUGGCCCUUCAUGGCCGCGCGAUCGUCGUGAUCAGAACAGGAUGUCGUGUGCGUUUUUGUGCGCGUGUCCUGCAGCCUUUCGUUUCAGAAGAGUUUUGGUUUGAAGUGCUGGCUAUGGGGGAAUAUGUGCUGUCCGCUUGCAGCGACGACCAGGGAAUAUUUGCCACCGACCUCCACACUGGGGCCCUCGUGGCGACCUUCGAGGAGUCGGUCGCGCAGCCGUGCGCGUUUGGCAUGGUCGGAGGCAGCUCUGGCCACGUGCACGCCGUGCAGGCGAACAAGGCGCUGUGGCACGUGUGGGCGUGGGGCGACAAGAAGCCCAGCUACCGCGCCAGUCUUCCCGAGAAGAUGACAGCCAUGACCUUCACGGGCGACGCGACGCUGUGUUUCGGGGGCGCCGCCUCCGGCUCCAUCUACGUGUGGCAGGCCGCCACGGGGGCCCUGUUGAGUUGCUGGCCGGCCCACUACCGCGAGGUCACGCAGCUCGUCGUGUCCCAGGACGAGAGCCUGCUCGUCUCGGCCUCGGCGGACGCGAGCGUGAACGUGUACGCUGUCGCCGACGUCUGUGCCGAGAGGGCGCCCAGGCCUUUGCACAGUUGGUCCGGGCACGCGCUGCCGGUGACCUCGGUGGCCCUGCUGCCGGGAGGUGGGCUUCACCAGGUCGUGGUUUCUGCAAGCCUGGACCGCUCCGUGCGGCUUUGGGACGUGGGCACGGGCAAGCCGCUCGCUUCGCACACGCUGCCUGUGCCUGUGCACAGCGUGAGUGUCAGCCCCAGCGGCGCCGAGCUCCUGGUCGCUGGCGGAUGUGGGGAGCUGCGCUCGAUCAGCCCGCCGUGCGGUCCUGGCGAGGGCGCCUGCAGCUACGUGGGCCAUGCUGGCACCGUGUUGAGCUGUGCACUGAAUGCCGACGGCAGCAAGGCGGUCUCCUGCAGCGAGGCCGACCGCGUGCGCGUCUGGGAGACGCGCAUGCGGCAGUGUAUCUCGCAGGUGCAUGCCUCCCGCGGUGUUAAGAUCGGGUCGGUGCAGGUCGUGCGGUGCGCUGGCUUCGCGCACAGUUUGCCACCCUUCCAGCCGUUCCAGCGCCUGCUGCAGGCGCCCGAGAGCUCACCUGCGACGCCGAUCCCCACCAGCGGCCGAGAGGCCGCCCUGAGGCAGGCCAUGAGGGAGUGCUCGGGCUCCAGCGACUUCGUCGACAGGCUCGCCUGGGCCCAGGCCGACGGCGAGGAGGACGCGGGGGGCGUGGAGCAGCUCCGCAGGCAGCUGGCCGACGCGCAGGCGGGGCAGGCGCGCUGGGCUGCGGCCGCGGCCGGGCUCUACGGGGCCCUCGUGGACGCCGGGCUCGACGUGCGCCUGGUCGAGCGGGGCACCCCGCUGGGCGCCGCCCAGGGCGCGAGCGGCGCCGCCAGGGGCGCCGGGCCCGCGGCAGAGGCGCCGGCGCGGGCCGCUCCGCAGGGCGCCGCCCCGCUGGUCGCGGGCGGCGCCGCCGAGGACAGCGGGCCUGCUGCAAAGGUGCUGCCGGCGGGGCAGGACUCCGCGGCGCCGGGGAGGCAGGGGCGCAAGCGGCGGGCGGCGUCUGGUUGAAUGGCCCUGUGACAACGGUCGGCGAUACGUCAGGGUGACCUUUCGCCGGAGUGACCUUUGGUGCUAGCACACUGCGGCCCCCGGAUGGCUGAAUGCGACGCG